AUGGCCAGCAAGAAAGCGCGCGUGCGAAAGGCACACGAUGGAAUACGCUUGAGCUCGCUUUCUCCUGAGAAGCGAGGGCCUGGAGCUACGGGGAGACCUCAUGCGGUAGAUGAGCUUUCUACAGUCUUUACUUACAAAGAGAUACCGGAUGAAGUGCUCGUUGGCACGGAACUAGACUUGACGAUUUGGUCUGUGGUAGCGUCUGAUACAUGCUUGGCGAAAUUAUCUCACGACUCUGUCGUUUCUGGAUUGGCGAGUCCUCCGAGGUUGCAGCUGCAAUCCAACCAGUUAGCGGAGAUGCUUCCAUCCGCUGCUAGUGCUUUGGCUCUCAAUAACGCUUCGAUGAAUGCGCUACCAAAACCACAGAGCAUUGUUCGAAUAAACCUUGCUGGGGCAGAUCAAAUCACAGACAAAACAGCGCAUACAAUUGCCAGGGCUUGUCCAGAACUGAAACAUCUCAACUUGGAGCGGGCUUUUAAGCUGACAGAUUCCGGUAUUCUCCAUAUCGUGAGCUGCUGUCGAAGUCUUGAAACGCUCAAUCUCAGCUACGUCACAGCAUUGCAAAGUCCUGCUCUUAGCUGCAUCGGAGAGCUGCGCCUCCCAUUACGGUCACUUGCUAUCGCUGGUUGUAACCGAGUUCCAGAUUAUUCACUUCUGCGCGUCUUCCAAGCAUGCUCUACACUCGAGUCACUCGAUCUCUCGUUCUGUGCAAACGUGACUGACAAUGUUCUGUUAACUUUGGGCAAGACUUGCUGUAAAAUACGACAAUUGAAGCUUCGAGGCUGUCGUCAAAUUUCCGAUACUGGUGUCGUGGCGCUUGCAAAUUCUGGAGGUGUCAACGGUCUGGUGCUUUUGGAUUUAGCGCGUUUUGACCUGCAGUACAAAUUCAACGACAUUUCAUUACUGGCGCUAGCUGAAAAUUGUUUGGUGCUGCAGACUCUGAUCCUCUCUGGCUGCGAUAUGGUUACCAACGUUGGGAUGGAUUGGUUGGCGUCUGGUUGCAAUGCGUUGACUUAUCUCGAUGUUUCAGGCUGUACAGCUCUGACGGAUCUAUCACUGCGUGCUAUUAGCGAAAGUAUGCUUCAACUUAAACACCUAAGUAUUCGGCAUUGCGCGAAGGUAUCGGAUCAAGGGAUACGGUGUCUGUCUUUGGGUUGUCCAGAACUGGUUUAUCUGGAUGCAGAGGGUCUUCCAUUGCUCUCAGACUUGCAUACUACGCAAAGUACAGGUGGUGACGUGUAUCGACAGGGAAUUGCGGCUUUGGUUGCUGGUUGCCCCAUGCUGCGUCAUUUAGACUUGUCGAAUUGUGUCUCCAUUUCCGAUGGAACGUUACAUUUUGUAGCCAUGUCAUGCUCGGAGCUUGCUUCAUUGAUACUUUCAGGGUGUUAUCGCGUUACGAGCGUUGGUGUUAACGACGUCCUGACCCAUUGCAGCAAAUUAUCUUGUUUUAACUUGACGGAGUGCGAUCAAGUGACAGACCAAGCGUUCGUUGGGAAUUAUCGUCGACACCAGCAAUUAAGUUCUCCAAUAAAACAUAAUCCGUUACGAAAUACACCGAACCAGCUACACGUACUGCGUCUCCGAGGCACACAUAUAUCGGAUAUGACGCUCAAGUGGCUCAGUAAAUACUCCCCAUUACUCCGUGAACUCGACGUGUCUGGCUGUGCAGGAAUCACGGACAUGGGUUUAUUAGCACUCACUGGAUCUGUAAUGGCUACAUCUCUCCGAAAUCUUUACCUUCGCAACAUUGAGAACAUCACUGCAACUGGAAUAUCAUGGCUAGCUGAAAAAUGCACGAAGUUAAUGACAUUGGACCUCACUGGGUGUCCGAAGAUUCGUUCAUUCUCAAUCAAAUCGCUGGCUUCGUCGUGGAAAUUUGCAGUCUACAGCAGCAACGAUCAGUUCAAAGGCAUGAUAACUCGUCACCGUGCUGAAGAUUGGCUGUUCAUCGAGGAAUACGGUAAUUGCUGGCGAGCUGCGGUUCAUAUCCAAUGCAUGUACAGAGCUCGGGUAGCUCGAAAGAUCGCACAACAGAAGCGCGAAGAGCGUUUGAUCUUGUGGGUAGCCACACGCUUACAGAGCGUCUAUCGCGGUCGUCAAGCUCGGAAGUAUGCUGUCCUCUUGCGUCUUCAGUUCUACAAGGAGACGGAGGCUGCCACAAGAAUUCAACGCGCAUAUCGUCAGCUUCUAGUGAGACGAGAAGCUCAACGUUUACGUGAGAUUCGUCAUCAAGAAGAAAUGCUACGUGCUGCUCGAAUAAUCCAAGCUUCUUGGAGGAAAAAGCGACUGCGAGAGAGGCUUCAAAGUCGAUAUUUACGACGUUUAGCAUACGAGGAGAAGCUACAACGUAGUGCAAUUCGAAUUCAGCGACACUGGAGAGGCAAGAAAGGACGAGAGCGAACGAAUUUGCUCCGUGCAGCGAAAAUUGCCAAAGAACGCGAGGAGUUUGAAGCUGCCAGACAGUUGCAGAGCGUUUAUCGUAUUCGAAUGGCACGUCGGGCAGCAAAUUUGAAGCGUGAAGAGCUAAAAAUCGAGGAAAUUCAGCGAGAACGUGCAGCUUUGGUGUUGCAGAAUUGUGUACGAAGACACAAGGCAAAGAAGGAGCUUCGAGCCAUGCGAGCGUAUGUAGAACAAGUGAAUCGAGCUGCAACUUUAAUCCAAAAGAGUUGGCGCGCGAAGAAGAAAUAUCAAGCGAACCAAGUGAUCGUGAUGGUCCGACAGAAGAAACGUGAGAACGAUGCGGCUGUGAAGCUUCAAGCUGCUUGGAAGCGUCGGAAAGCUCGAAUAGAAGUCAACUUGAUGCGGUUAGCGAAAGAUUUGUACCAGCAAAAACUGGUCGAUGCGGUGCUGAUGGUACAAACAAAUUGGCGUGGACGUCACGGUCGACUGCAGGCGCGAUCGUUAAAGCAAACGGCAAUGGAGAAAAUCUCGCAGUUGGUGAAGAUCCAACACCACGCCGUCACAUUCGUGCAAGCACAUUACCGUGGAUGGAAAGGACGAGAAAAAUAUCGAGAGGCACAAUUGAACAAGAAGAAACGGUGGAAAGAGAUCACCCGACCUGAAAACGGAGAGAAGUUCUACUACGUACGGUUAUUGAUGUGCUUAUUAAUUUGCUUGAUUGUUGAUCGUAUACUUUUCUCUUACGCAGAACCGAGUCACUGGUGAAGUUCGAUUCCGGCGUCCUCAAGACAUGCUGGAUCUACUGCCGAAACCUCUUUGUGAAAACUGUGAAUCUCCAACAACGAGUGAGGCGACGAUGGAGUGUAAGGACUGCGGCGAGAUGUUUUGUAGCGUGUGCUGGGCCAAAGUUCAUUCGGGUGGUCGACGGAAGUUGCAUGAGUUCCGAGCAUUAUACGAUUACUACAAUCGACGUGUAGACUAUGGGGACUGGGAGUUCCCGUCUCGUUGGCCAUCAGAGAUCGAGCAGGACGAGAUGGACGGUUGGGGGUUCCGCAUGCAUCCACGCCGUCGUCCGGAUGAAGUGCAGGGUGCAUGGGAGCGAUACGUGGACCCUGAUACCAAGCGAGAGUGGUUCUACAACCGUGAGACGGACGAGAACUCGUACAUCCCACCAGAAGGAUUCAUCGUACAGUCGAACGGCGAAGCUUCAGCCAUGACCGAGUGGAUCAAGUACUUUGAUGAAGGGCAGGGUGUGCAAUACUACUACAACAUCAGGACGCAAGAAAGCACCUUCGAUCGACCGGCGACGUACGUGACGCCGCGUAUUUCGCCGUCAACAGCCGCCAGUGCGAGCCAGGAUGGUUGGGAGAAGCACGUUGAUCCGCAGAGUGGCUAUCCGUACUACUACAACCGCUUGACGAUGGAGAGCGUCUUUGCCCGUCCGAUGGGUUUCGUGACUGGGCGUGAGGAGGGCGUGGGGCUACCCGGUUGGGCUAAGUACUUUGACGCGGUGAGCGCUAGUUAUUACUACUAUAAUGCGCAGACCAAUGAGAAUUGUGUGGAGAGGCCUGAUGAGUUCGCGACGCCCCGAAUCUCAGCGGCGGAAGCUGCUGGUGACGGUGGAGACGAGGGCUUGGCGGAAUACUACGACCCCGUCACGGGUAAAUCCUAUUUUUUUAAUGCGCGCACGACCGAGUGUCGACAGGCCUCGGCCACGUGAAUCUGCAAGAACUGAGAAAGCACGUUGAAGUCGAAGAUGCAAGCAAGCACAUUAAUGCGCAUCAAGCGACACGACAAGAGAAUCUCCAUGUGUCGAACCGCACGGCAGACACGCACCCGUCACGUCGAUUUCGAUGCACGACAGCGUGACAACUUCAGUUUCGAGCCAAGAUGGCUGGUGGAGCGGCAACGAGUUUACAGAAGGCGAGAACGACUGCGGUUCGUCAUGCCAGCGAUUCCCCACGUAGCUGCAUAGACCGUGACGGGGUGCAAAGCUUGACUAUUUGGUCUGUACGACUCUAGAUGUACAUAAUAGCGCACGAGUCGCUGUUAGUUUUCUUACGAAGUUAAUAUUGAUGCGCUUGCAAUACGCUGUUUCCAGGGCUUGACCUUAUCGGGUAUCUCAACUAAGUUACCGAUAGACUC